CGCCUAAUCUACUAUUGUAUACUACAGUAAAGUAUACUACAGUAAAACCUGCCUGCCUAGCUCUCCAAUAUAGAAACCUCCCUUGCUAUUUUAUCCUUGUCUCCUCCAAAUUUGUCUCUGACUGGAGGAAUCUCCGCCUGGUGCACUGGGCUACAUCUACCAUACUAAGGGAUCAAUCACCUCAAUAGAUAUUCAUCAAUCACCAUCCCCAGAGAACAUUGCAUUUUAGCACCAGGUUACUUGACCAUGUAAAUGCUUCAACUCACAUACCCCAUGCUUUUCUAUCUCAAAAACAUAUUCACCUGCUCCACCGGUCCUCCUUCCGUGCUCCUUGUCAUUGGCAACUUUGGAGCCAUGAUCCAACGUUCUUCAUCUCCUACCCGAGGACGGCACCUUACAACGCAGACGUACCCUGUUUAUGUUGUUUACAUUCUACGCCCGGGGUCAGGGAGGAGCAUGACUGAGUUGAUGAGCUUUCCUUGAUGGAAUUUGAUUAGCUCUUGAGCGUGCUCAGGAUAUGAGUAGGAAUAGUUGUGGUGUUUUAAGUAAAUGUUAUAUCCAAUGCAGUAA